AUCGACGCAAGAUAUAGCGGCCAGAAAGGCGACACGUGGCAGAGGAACCACGUGAGCAUCCGACGUGGCACCCGCCCUACGCCGAAAAUGAUACGCCCACCAGCACUGAAAAGGAUUGGGGGCACUUUCCGCAUUUUUUUAAAACGGAAACAACUGAAAAUAAGGGGAAGAAGAGAUUUUACUAUUGGUGGGAAUCGGCAUGAAUGGCGAGGGGAGUGAAGCAAUGCAAGUGGAGAAGGAGAGCUUGGUGUACAUGUGGGGUUACCUGCCCGGAGCUCUGCCGCAGAGGACGCCUCUGUUGACGCCGCUUCUUGUUAGGGUUCCGCCCUCUGGUUACUUUUGGAAGGAUGUCUGCGGCGGUGGUUGUGGAUUCGCCAUGGCUAUCUCUGAGCCUGGAAAGCUCAUAACAUGGGGUUCAACAGAUGAUUUAGGCCAAAGCUAUGUUACAUCUGGCAAACAUGGGGAAACUCCAGAGCCUUUCCCUCUUCCAACUGAAGUGACUAUUGUUAAAGCUGCAGCUGGAUGGGCACAUUGUGUUUCUGUGACGGAUUGUGGAGAAGUUUACACAUGGGGAUGGAGGGAAUGUGUACCCUCUGGGAAGGUGUUUGGUGAAUCAUUAACUGGGGUAAGCCCUGAAAAGGAUGUACCCAGAAGGCAAAGUUCAUUCUUGACGGAGCAAGUGAGCCCUCGUUCUCAAGGUUCAAAAUCUACUGGAGGAACUGCCUCUGGUACCAGUGGAGAAGAAAGUUCAAAGAGAAGAAGAGUAUCUUCAGCAAAGCAAACAGCUGAAACCUCAUCAUCUAGUGAUGAUACUCAGACUGCAUUGCCAUGUCUUGUCACACUAAAUCCUGGUGUAAGGAUAGCAAGUGUAGCUGCUGGUGGUCGCCAUACCUUAGCAUUGUCAGAUAUAGGACAGGUGUGGGGUUGGGGCUAUGGUGGUGAAGGGCAGCUUGGUUUGGGUUCUAGAAUACGAAUGGUGUCCUCUCCUCAUCUAGUUCCUUGUAUUAAUUCCUCUUCUUAUGGUAAAGAUAUGGCUCGAGUAAGCAUAAGUUCAGAUGGGCAAAAUUUCAGAGUUCCUGGAAGUUAUAUUAAGGGAAUUGCCUGCGGAGGUCGACACAGUGCAGUAAUCACAGAUGCUGGAGCUGUUCUUACAUUUGGUUGGGGACUUUAUGGACAGUGUGGGCAAGGAAGUACAGAUGAUGAACUGAGCCCGAGUUGCGUAUCUUCCUUAUUGGGUAUUCAAAUAGAGGGAGUUGCUGCAGGACUGUGGCAUACUGUGUGUACAUCUGUGGAUGGUGAUGUAUAUGCAUUUGGUGGAAACCAGUUUGGACAGCUGGGAACUGGUGGUGAUCAAGCUGAGCAGACUAUACCGAGGCUCUUGGAUUGUCCGAGCUUGGAAAAUGUGAAUGUAAAGAGGAUAUCUUGUGGGGCUCGUCACACUGCUCUAAUAGCAGAUAAUGGAAAAGUCUUCUGCUGGGGAUGGAACAAGUAUGGACAGCUUGGCCUUGGGGACGUGAUAGACCGUAACAUCCCUUCUGAAGUUACCAUCGAAGGUUGUGUAGCUAAAAACGUUGCAUGCGGCUGGUGGCAUACUCUUCUUCUGGCGGAAUCACCCACUUGAUGUCAUGUGGCUUUUCUCGAGACUCAUGACCCAAUUUUGUUAGUUAGCUGUUCUUUUGUUUGGUAAAAAUCAUAUGAAAGUCCAUAUGCAUAUGUAUAUGUACAUACAUUAGUGGUAUACAUAUGACAUAUGUAUAUAUGCUUGUAUUCUUUCAUGGUGUGAAUCAUCAUGACUGGCUCUAGCAUUUAAACAACAUCCAAUAGAGAUUUCUGGUUUGCAUGGGAAGGAAAGUAUUGGGUCCUUUUCAUUCAUGUAACAUUAUUCAUCAUAGUGUAUAUUUUCUUUUAAUUGUAUUAACUAACCAGUGUAAUUAGAUACCCUACAAGUUAGGUACUGUCCCCUGGCAUGUAGUUGUAUUUUAGGGGGUAUUAUGGGGUGGUUCUUUAGCUUUAGUAUAUAUAUCCAUGCAAGUUCGUCUUUGAGGUCCAUUUUAAAUAUGUAUGGGCAUUGAUAAAAAAAUUUCAAAUGCAAACUCCAGUGUUUUUCUCAA